AUGGCUGGCAAUGGAGAAGGCAAUGGACAAAUGGACCUCGAAAUCCCAAUGGAAGAAGGAGAGCCGCUUGGAGCGACACCUAACGAUAAGCUUAUCAUUACUAAAAUACAAGGCGGUACCAUUGCCGAAGGCAAACUAAAGAUUGGCGAUCAGAUUUUAAAAGUGAACGGACAGCCGAUCACUGAUCAGAACAACUUCUUUAAAGCACUUCGUUUUGCACCACCAUUAGCAAGACUUACUAUAAUAAGAGAUCAAAAGAAAGCCGAAGAACUUGAGGCUCGUGUUCGAAUUCCUGAAGCUCGCGCAAAGCUCAUCCAGAGGCGAGAUGGCUACAUGUAUUUUUUGGCAAAACUGGUAUGGCAGCCGAAUGGACCAAAGCUUGGUCUUGGUAUCAAACACUUCCAGAAUCGUGUACUUGUUUCGCGUUGCGACGCCGGUUCAUUAUCUGCCACUCAACUAGCGGUCGGCGACCAUAUUAUCGAUAUCGAUGGUGUGCCUGUGACCGAUAAGGAUGUUGCCAGAGAUCUACUAAUUAAAGCUCUGCAGGAGAAGAAAGAGGUGACAGCUGUGGUGGAACGACCUGAGUCGAUGGAGGCGAAACAUUGGACGCAACAGGCUCUUGUCACUCAAAUUGCCCAACCACCGUCUGUCCAGAUGAACUCGGAUGUGCGCGCCAUAGCAGCUCGUGAACGUGCCAGAGCCAAGCAACCGAAACCGGUACAGUUUUGUUGUGCUUGA